AUGUACUACGGGGCCUUGGGCAGAAUAACAAGCUCAUUUUACAGGGUGGUGGUGGUGCAUAGAUCGUGGAACAAAUCCUUCUCUGCACGGCUGUCUACGUCCCCCCGGCUGGACUGCGGCAACGUGACGGAGAUCAGACAGCAGCUGAUCACCGGCAAGUCUUCCCUGGUGGUCCUCCGGUUCAGGGCGCCACCGGGGAUUCCCGCGGGACACCGGCCACCAGCCACGAGGGGCUGGUCCCCUUGGCGAAUUUCGGAGAAGCUUGGCGAAGCCUCGCGAACAUUUCCCCGUCUUGAGAACAUCUACCAACUGACUAAGCAAAGAAAAUAUGAGCUGCUGGUCGACAUGGAGGACUUUGAGGGGAAGAAAGUGUUUGCUCGCUACUCUUCAUUCUCCAUCGCUUCAGAGUGUCACGGAUAUAAACUAAGUGUAUCUGGAUUCAUUAAUGGAGGGGCGGGAGACGCCUUGAAUUAUCAUAACGGACAGAAGUUCACCACCUUUGACAAAGACCAGGACUCCUGGCCCGGUAACUGUGCCAGAUCAUACGUGGGGGCGUUCUGGUACAACGACUGUCAUGGUACAAACCCCAACGGGAUUUAUCGCUGGGGGUCUGACAACUCUUUCUUUGCUGUUGGAGUGGAGUGGUCUACUUGGAAGGGUAAUAACUACUCCCUGAAGACCAUCAGCAUGAAGAUCCGUCCUGUGCAGUAGUUCUCCAGGACCAACGUACAGCAGAAUAUCAGCAGCUGAUCUCUCUCCUGAUUUCUUUCUCUUUCUCUCAUUAAGCAUGUAAUCUCACAACGGGCCUUAUUUUCCUGAAACUGGGCACGAGCACAAUCCACCAGCAGCAGAACACCAACUCAGAUUAGUCCUUUUUGUUACCAUCUGUGGCUCAAAGUGGUCGCAGCUCGGCGCAGCGUGGAAGAGAGGCUGAAUAAAUGAUUAGUAGGAGGAGCACAGAAUCAGCAGGUGGAGCUUCAGUAACGACCAAUCACAUGAGCUCCUCUCAUCCUUUUUAAAAGCAGCAGACAGACCAAGUGGACCAGGACGAGUCAGGCCGAGGCAUCUAUGAGAAAUAAAGAAGGCUCCGAACACAAAUGUGGAACAUCCCAAAUAUUAAUAUACGUUAGCAACACAUCAGGAUUUCAAGCCAGUUUGAGAAGUAAAAUGUCACUGCACCACCUGACCUGCUCCAACAGCCUCAGCUGCACCACUCCACCUUCCACCAGUGGAAAGUCAGCUGGCUGCAGUUGGGCUGCUUCUGGAUUUGUGCCAGCAGGAAAGUAGGGCCCAGAAUCUUGAAAUGGAAACAGAUAUUUAGAGUCUGAUUGUGUGAAAAGCUGAUAGUGACAGGUUUGAAACCCUUGUGUGAAUCAUUAUCUGCUGUAUGCUGACAAUAAAUAAGAAGCUGAGCAUUAA